CUGAAGCGAACAUUCUAAAAUUCAUUAUUUGGUCGCCCCUCCACCUUCACACAUCCUUUACAACUGCAACGCCAAUAUCAAAAAUCAGACAAAAUGGCUCCCGCAGCGACUGGUGCGAAGAAGCAGAAGAAGAAGUGGUCAAAGGGCAAAGUCAAGGACAAGGCGCAACACGCUGUCCUGCUCGACAAGACCACCUCCGAAAAGCUCUACAAAGAUGUCCAGUCCUACCGUCUCGUCACAGUCGCUACCCUCGUCGACAGACUAAAGAUCAACGGCUCGCUGGCCCGACAAUGCCUAAAGGAUCUUGAGGAGAAGGGGCAGAUCAAGCCCGUCGUUACACACAGCAAAAUGAAGAUCUACACCCGAGCUGUCGGUGCCUCGGAUUAAACCAUCAAUCUCACGAUACCAUGAAUAAGAUGAUGCUCGGUCAAUGGUCGACAAUAGGGAUUGACGGACCAGAUGGAUUGCGGAUGGGGAUUUGAUGGAUUCAGGCAUUUGGUCCUCGGCGUAGCAUUGGGACGGUUAUGGUUCAGAAUUUCGCUUGCAGUUGCAUUCAGAUAGGGACCGAAUGAAAAAUCCUUGAUCAUUCUGAGUGAUAUUUCUGACCUUUUCUUAUGCCGCUGGUAUAUCACUCUUAACGUGAACGACGUAUUACACUCGAUCGUACAAAUCCCACACGAAUAAUCUUUCCUUUAGUCGCCGAUCAGCCUCGGAGUGUAGAUAUACUCCGACUCUACCUUCAAGGACGAUACCUAAUAAGGUAUUGUGUCUAUUGUAUACUGCGAAUAAGUCCCAAUGAUAUAGAAAGUAAUUAAUCAUAAAAUAUAUUUAGAAUGGGCUAAAAUAAACGUCAC